ACUGGGGUCUCUGACUCUCCGUUUGUCAAUUGUCCAUCAAUGACAUUUUCUUUUAAAAACAUACUUUUAUUUAAUAGAUAAAAGGACAUAUGUUUGUUUUUAGGAAUACUGCAUGUAGGGAUUUUAUUAUUUUUAAGGUCAGUCUCCGGGUCGAUGAAGCUAAAAUAUUUCUACAGUCUGUUCCCUUUAACCAAAAAACAACAACAUAAAUCUGGAUACUUUGCACGAGGUACGUUGCGAAAAAAGCUUCCCGGUUUCUUCAAAUCAUUAAUCUCAACAAGGGACCGUUGAGUCAUUGAUAUUUGACCAGUAACAUGCUAGCAUUAGGUGCUUCCACAGUUAUAAGUGGAUGACCUUAAUCAACGUUUAAGGUCACAGGGGUCAAAUAUUCGUAAACCUUAAAAAAGAUGUCCAUGUCCACCAUUCCAGCUACAUUAUGAGACUCCAUUACUGAAAAAACAUGUAUGAUACGGUUUUCAGUUCGACAACUGGACUCAAAAAAUCAAUCUUCCAGCUACAUGUCCUCAAUUUACCUCGUGGUAAUGUGGCAAUGCCGAUUACAAUUUUUGAAUUAUCAAAGACAACUUAUCCACAUUAUGCUGUGACCUAUAACCUGUUUCUGAUAACUGAGCUACCUCAUCUCUGAUACAGACUUUACGCCACCCGACAGACAGGUAGCUCACGUGAUAAUAAACUAAUAUGCACGCGUUUUCAGUUCGGCAACUGUGACCUAAAAAUCAACUUGCAUCUUCCAUCUAUGUCUUCACUUAACACGGUAGCUUAAGAUCAGAUGAGGGCAAUAGGUCUAUGGGGCCUCUUGUAAUGCAGAUAAAAAAUGAAUUAUCAACGACAACUUAUCAACCAGAUGCUGUAAUCUACAACCUAUUUCUGAUAACCUUAUGUCCUGCUCUUUGUACCUCAACGGUGGUAUUUGCCAUAUCUCUAAUACAAAUUUUACACCGCCCGACAGACAGGUAGGUUACUUGAAUUUACAACAGUAGGCUCGACUGUAAGUUAAGUUGAUGUAUAAACAUAUUUCAUUCUCUUGAAAUUUUGUUGUAGUAUCAGGAUAAUUGCAAAUAUUUUGCAUAACAAAUAACCUAAAUUGCCAUGUUUGUAACAAAAAAAAAUAAAAUAAAAGUUAUUACUUCAAUUCAAUACAGAUAAUAUUUGCUGGUGUACUGAAUAUAACAGGCAAUUAUAGUGCCCUAGGAUUUCAAAUAGCAUUUGAUUGAGCGUCCAAAAUGUAAUAUAAUGUACAAAUGAUGAAUAAUGUCGAACAGGUCAAUUUUGUUGUUUUUCACGUAUCUGUUUAGUUACGAAAUAUGGCGAACGGGUUAACACAGCAUCAUAAGGACCAACUUUCCAAAUGGAUAAAACCGUCUAAAAGGCACAAGUUUAUCUUACUUUACAAGAUCAGUCGUGACGGAUGUAAUGCCGAAACUUUCCAUAGUUACUGUGACAACAAGGGACCAACCGUCACCGUCCUGUACAAUACUGACAACUCUGUGUACGGGGGUUACACCUCUGUAAGCUGGACGUCCAGUGAUGGCUAUAUCAAUGAUGCGAAGGCAUUUCUAUUCCAACUGGAGUAUAGUGGAACAGCCCAGCCGAUGAAGUUUCCUAACAAAACAAACGGCAUAGACGCGAUAUAUGGAUACGCCAAUUAUGGACCAAUAUUUGGGCGUGGUAAUGACUUAUAUUGCUUCAAGACAAACGUAAAUAGAUCUGGUAAUCAUUUUGCAUUGAACGGCUACGCCUCUGUUGGCAAAACGUACGACAUGCAGGGUCAGGACUACAAAAGUGUGAUGAACGGCCAUCUGAAUGUCAUAGAUCUGGAGGUUUACAGCGUGGAAGAGUACGUCCUGCUUAGCCAGCCCUGGGUACGGGAUAUUGAUUGGAGUGCUACGUUUGAAGAAACAAUCAAGAACAAAGUGGCAAAUUAUAAGCCACUAACCGGAUUGGACCUCAAGCAGGCGAGGAUUCUAUUGGUCGGACAGGUCGGGGCUGGAAAGUCGAGUUACUUCAACACCAUCAACUCCAUCUUCCGGGGACAUAUCAGCGGUCAGGCCAACGUCGGAAGUGCUGAGCACAGUCUUACAACAUCCUACCGGAUGUAUGAAAUACAUGACGGAUAUGCCAGUCAAACCUUAAACUUCCGGUUGUGCGACACACGUGGCCUGGAAGAGGAUCAAGGCCUGAAUGAUCAAGAUGUUGGAUAUAUACUUGAUGGUCACGUGCCUGACAGAUAUAAUUUUAACCCGGCAAUACCGUUCACCUCUGAUGCUCAAGGAUUCGUGAAAAAACCUACUUUCUCAGACAAAAUCCAGUGUGUGGCGUUUGUUAUAGACGCUAGUACUGUCGACGUCAUCCCCAAGGAAGUCUUGGAACGUAUCAGAGCAAUGCAAGUAGGAAUUAAUUAUAGAGGCAUACCUCAAAUGAUACUCUUGACAAAAAUCGACAAAAUCUGUGAGGAAAUAUCCCAUGACGUCAGCAAAGUUUUCUUCAGUUCCGCGGUAAAAGAGUGUGUGGACAAAGUUGCCGUUUUGAUGGGACUGCCAAGAUCCCAUGUGCUUCCGGUAAAGAAUUAUGAAUGUGAGGUUGACCUUGACCAGAACGUCAACAUAUUGUCACUUCGCAGCCUCGGUCGAAUUUUGAAUUUUGUUGACGACUUCUUGUUCAACAAACUUGACGAAAUCGUAGGAGGAAAAAUUGAUACUUUGAAUACGAGUGAAUAGAUAGGGCGAAUUAAACAUUAAUAAACAAUGAGAAAAUUCAAUAUACCCUGAGAAAGUUUGUUCUUUGAUGUUAAUGUGAACAAUGCCGGAUUUUGAAGAUAUUACGUAAGCAUUUAAAAAUAAGUUCCUGAUGGAUUGCAUUCACUUAUUUCAGACAAAUUAUCAAGGCGUGUUCCAAAACUUUGCUUAUUUUUUAAGACUGAAUUAAUAUGGCAGCUCCAGACGCCAUUUACAAAAUCAAUGAACUUUCAAUGAAAUUUCAUUGGGAUACAGUUGAUUUGAUAUGGAAGAGCAAAAUAAGCGAUUGAUUCUGUCAAUUACUUCAUAUUGUGUUAUCUGUUGUUGGAAAUGAAUUAUGUCAGUAAAUUAAUUAAAAUAAAAUUGAAUAUAAUAUUCUGAUCUGAUGAA